AAUAAUAAUAAAAUACCGAACUCAGUCCAAGUCGCGCGUCCACUGCCACUUCGCCCCACUUGUAUAGAAACGCACUUCUUUCUGCGAGCACAAAGGCUGAACGCUCGUCUUCUGCUUGCGACUCCCCCCUCCCUUGGACCGCUUCUCUACCCCUAAGAAGCUCUCUAAACCACUCGCCAUAAGGUCCCACCCACCGGGCCAAAAUUCAUGAAGAUCAAAGUCCUCGAACGCAACCCCGUCGACUACCUCAAACAAAAACCCCUCGAACUCCAAAGGGUCCAGCACAAUCCAGAUCCUGCGCUGCACCCAUUCGAACGACCCCGGGAGUAUGUCAGAGCGCUGAACGCCGUCAAACUCGGCCGGUUGUUCGCAAAACCGUUCAUUCGGUCCUUUGCCGGGCACAGAGAUGCCGUCUAUACUCUCGCAAAGCACCCCAGCCAGCUUUCCCUAAUCGCCUCGGGGAGUGGAGAUGGAGAGGUAAGACUGUGGAACAUGACCACCGGCGAAUGCCUCUAUGUCCUGGAAAAGGCGCACGCCGGAUUCGUAAGGGGAAUCGCUAUCAAUGAAAAGGGACAAUUCUUGUCCUGCGGCGACGACGCAAACAUAAAACUUUGGGACGUCCGAGCUCCAACUUGGAUUCCUCAGUUCGAGGAUCUCCCAACCGCCGGUCUCAAAGAUGACGUAGACGAACUACUUGGUCAACUGAUUCAUCAAGAUCAAGCGGACACCUCUUCUCAUAGACUAACGCCCCAUCCGUCGAAUACCUCGGACGAGUACGCUCACGUUCGGCGCUUUGGUGCUCCUAUUUACCAAAGCGCAAAAGUACUGGCCAAUUCCGGUAAACCCAUCUCCAGCUGGAUAUGUCAGACCGCAUUAACGUCUAUUUCUCACCAAUGGGAGAAAGGACGUGUUUCAAACAGCACGUUCGCCACCUCUUCCAUCAAGAGCGUUUGCGUCUGGGACUAUCAACGCUCGGAUCCUAUCGCCGAAAUGCGCUGGAGUGACAUCGACCCCGACUCCUACCUUCAGUGUUCCUUUAAUCCAGUCGAGACCGACAUCCUCGCCGCCACGGCCACUGACCGCUCGUUCGCCCUCUUCGACCUCCGAAGCAAAAACCCUAUUCGAAAAUUAGUCAUGUCCAUGAACAACAACGCUUUGGCCUGGAACCCUAUGGAAGCCUUCAACUUCACCGUCGCCAAUGAAGAUCACAACCUGUACACCUUCGACAUGCGAAACCUCGACAGCGCGCUCAACGUGCAUAUGGACCACGCCGCCGCUGUCCUGGACGUCGACUAUUCGCCCACGGGACAGGAAUUCGUCUCCGGGUCCUACGACCGCACGUUAAGAAUCUUCCCAGUUAAUCAUGGCCGCUCCAGAGAAGUCUAUCACACAAAACGUAUGCAGCGCAUUUUCUGUGUCAGAUUUUCCUCGGACACCAAAUUCGUUCUUUCCGCUAGCGACGACACGAACAUACGCCUCUGGAAAGCCAACGCGUCAGAACCGCUGGGCGUUCUGUCAUCCAGAGAGACACAAAGACUGCAAUACCAACAGCAACUCAUUAAUCGCUACAAACACCUCCCAGAGAUAUCUAGGAUCUAUCGAAAACGUCACGUACCUCAGGCCGUUCGCUAUGUUCAAAAGACGAAGCAUAUUAUCAAUCACUCCAAGAAGAGGAAACUCGCAAACAGGCUGGCCAUCACGUCACCCGAGUCAGUAAACAUCACGCCACUGAAAAAGCAGAGCAUUAUUGCUGAAGAGGAAUAAGAAGCGCCUGCCUUUGUUUGAAUCUCGUACCACCAACACGACUACAGCACAUUCGUCUAAACGCUCCUCUUUGACAGUCCAGCUGGCCCGGCACCUCUCUUUCGAGCCCCAGUGGUGGCCCUGGGCGCGACGGAUACAGAAUUCCAAAAUCAUGCGCGAAGAACCUAAGCAAUAAUACGCGGUUGCCCUAUCUGUGGCGUGCGGAUCAAUCCAUCAACGCCCUCGUCUAAAAUACCACCCUCACUACCCUGUCGAACGGCUCUCAUACAUUCCAUACGUACGGCGAGAAAUGUUUUGCUGUCCCUUACAGCCAGCAAAAAAAAGAAUGACAUCAUUUGUUCUAUACACAGCCCGUAUUAUUCUUGUUGAAGACAAAAUCAGUUGCGCCUUGUUUUUUUUUUCGUAUGUGGUUCCCUAAUUAUACCCAUUUCGAGCCUGUUUUUCCUGGUUCUCAUAAUCCGCACAAUGCGGAUGACAUCGGCACUCCUUCACAUUCAGCUCGACCAAGCAGAAUUUACAUUGCCUAUUGGCAUAGAUAUUGUGUGUCUUUCUGACGUAGUCAAAAAGAAAACGUUUUUCCCAAACGCGUCGCCUCGGUACACCUGAAGAUUCGUCGUUAAGUUUGGUUCUGCAAUCGUUCGUAGUCUCUGAAACCACGCUCAGCGCUCCGCUUUCCCUAACCAUUCUGUCUAUGAAGCCGCAACACAUUGUACUUUCCUCGGCGAUAAAUUCCUAUUGACUAACUUCUGUAACCGGCGCCCGUUGAAUCGCGCUAAAAGAAAUGCGACGUAUUCAGAUGUACUGGCAAUCUUCAAUUGCAACGCGCCAAAUGAAAUCGACGUCGUCCUGCCCUUGUAACCAGAGGUGAAGCUAUGCCUCAAUACAGAAAGCACUUGUGGCUGGCAGCUUCUCACAGAUCGCAAAUGUUGUCCAUAAAACUCCGUAUCCCGGUAGGUCCAACUGCCACGGUACGUUAUCAGCUGCAAUAGUUUUUUUUCACCACGCCCAGAAAUUGUCUAAAACAAUUGCUGACACUCAUCUUUUACAGUGUCUGUGCGUCAAGUUAAAAUUUUAAACUCCAUUUCCUUCAAGCGCCAAUAUUCUAGUUCGGUCAAACGCGCACCUGCCGAUACGACUCAAUGUCUAUUUGGCAUUCCCUUGUUGUGUCUUACACCCGCUUCGGUUUUCGAAAUUAAAUGCGUUUUCAUUCAUUGGUUCCACCUAAACACAGCCCAAUAGCGCACAUUUGAGAAGAAUCUUAAACGGACACGCAAUUCAGUCUAGUCCUUACUGCUACCUCAUUGACCUUGUGUACGUGC